AUGUUAUCAAGAAAAUUUAAUAUCAUAUUAUUACUUUGUGUUUUAUUUGUUUCUGCUAUUAAAUCAAGUUCAAAUUUAGUUUCUAAUCCAAAUGCCAACCCUACAAUUUUAAAUUUAAUUGUUGAUUCUAACAAAACCAAUUCAUAUUCAAGUGAAUGUGGUAGUUCUUUUGAAGACUCAUGUAACAAUAUUGUGGACGCUGUGAAUUAUUUCCAUGAAUAUAAGAGCAAACCAGAAAACUAUAAUUCUGCAUUGGUUUUGAAAUUAGCUGAUGGAAUAUAUUCUGGUAAAGUAAAUUAUAUACAUAGUGGAUUGGGUUUACAUAUAACAAUUUCAACAUACACUUCAAACUCCAAUGAUGUCAUUAUUGAUGGAUCUGAUCUCCAAAAUGAUUUGAUUGAUUUUGAUAGUAAUUGUUUUAAUCCACCUUCUUCAAAAACAUAUUUAAAAGUAUCCAAUGUUGCCUUUGUAAACUUUUUCAGCCUUAACUAUGACAUCUUACAUUCAGAUACAUAUGGAAAGAUGGAAACACAAUAUAUUUUUGAUAGAUGUAAAUUUUUAAAUUCUACAAACUUGAGAUUCACAGGAUAUGGGGAAUCAAAAGAAGUAAAUUCAAUUAGUUUUGAAAAAUCAAUUUUUGAAAACGUUACUUUCAGAAAAUAUUCCUUUUUUGCCACAAAUUACACAACAUCUUUUACAUUUACAAAAUUCAAUUCAGUAUCCUUUGACGAUUCUUUUAUUGUUGAAGAGAUAGAUUCAAAAAAAAAAUUAAUUGGUUGUUCUUUUAAUCAAGUUUCUUUUGGCACUAAAACCCAAAAGUUAUAUUUUAUCGAGGCAAAGGACCUAUCAAUUGAAUCUUCAACUUUUAAUCAAAUUAUAGGUCCAAAAAGUUCAACUCCUGCUUCUUUGUUAAAAAUUUCAAAUAACGUAAAUAUUACUUUAAUUAUGUUAAAUUCUUUUAAUAACUUUGAUGGUGUUUUGGCAGAAUCAAAUAACUCUAUGAUUUUAUUCAGUUCAAACACAUUUUCAAAUAGUAAUAGCAAACCAAUCAUCAAAUCAUUGAAUUCAAAUGUAAUGUACCAUUCCAAUACUUUUAAAUAUUCCAGAAAUUUAAAUGAUGAUCAAUUAAUUGAUUGCACAGACUCAUCAAUUUCAUUUACAUCAAAUAAUGAUGGUAGUGAGAUUUUUGAAAAAAAUCCACUUUGUAAAGAUUGUUUUAUAUCUAUUGGUUCUAAAACAGUUUGUUCUAAAAAAACAACAACAACAUCCUCAACCUCUUCUUCAAUUGCAACCACCGGUGAAACCACUUAUACUUCUACCACUGGUGAUGAUGAUGAUCAUCCAAAUGGUUCAGUUGAUGGCAUAUUCAAUAUUCCAAGUUGUUAUGGUAAUGGUAAUUUUUCAAUUUAUAUUAAAGAUAAAUUGGUACAUACAAAUCCAUUUAGUUAUCAACCACCAUCAAAGUGGAUAUCAUCAUUCACUCAAAAUCAAGAAAAGGUACAAUUACAUCUUUCAUUCUCACUUUCUUUAUUACAAUAA